CGAGCAUCCACAUGUGUUUAAGAUUUUAGUAAUUGUAAACAUAACCUAGUUCAGUGCAUCCUUACAAUGAGUUUCGACGGGUGUAAAACAGUGGUCACCGAAGGAGACACCGUUAUUUUAUUCCUAACUGUAAAUCAAGUGUAUGCAAUAACAGCUGAAAAGAAGACUAAGAAUAAAAAUGGAGAUUUAGUUCCAUACGUAUUUCAGACGCCUUAUGGCGCUCUGAAAGGUGAACAGCUAAUAGGAAAGGAGUUUGGUACAAAAAUACUGUUGAGUAAAGGAUGGGGCUACAUAUUGCAGCCCACACCCGAGCUCUGGACAGUUGCACUACGUCAUAGGACCCAGAUAAUUUACACUCCUGACAUAUCUAUGAUCACAUUACAAUUGGAGUUGAAGCCUGGUUCUGUUGUAAUUGAAAGUGGUACUGGCAGCGGCUCUCUUUCCCAUGCCUUGAUAAGGUCUGUUAAACCUCAUGGUCAUUUAUACACGUUUGACUUUCAUAAAGAAAGAGCUGAUAUAGCUAGACAGGAGUUCCAAGAUCAUGGCUUACAGGAAUAUGUGACUGUAUAUAAUAGAGAUGUAUGCUGUAAUGGUUUUGAUGAAGCACUGGAUGGAAAAGUUGAUGCAGUGUUUCUAGAUCUGCCUCAUCCUUGGCUAGCAAUUCCACAUGGUGUGAACUCAUUUAAACCUGAAGGAGGUAGACUGUGUUCAUUUUCGCCUUGCAUUGAACAAGUGCAAAAGACUUGUUUGAAAUUAAGGGAGCAUCAUUUCCAGGAGAUUGAGACCCUGGAAGUAUUGCAGACACAAUUCUCGGUGCAAACCAGAAGGUUAGCCAGCUUGGAGAUGGAAUACCUGAAAAAUCCCAAAGAAGAAAAUGAUGGAGACAACAAAUGUGAAAAACAGAUUGUCAGCACUUUGACCGCAAUUCCGCCACUAUCACAGCCCGGUCACACAGGUUAUUUGACUUUUGCCACAAUGCCUCCAAUUUGGGCUAGAAGCAUGAAGACCAUUGAUGAUCUUGACAAUGAUGAUAACGAAAAUUGAUGUAA